GGGAACUGAAGAUAUGCAGCUGAGAUGACUCUUCAGGAACUGGUGAAUCAGGCAGCUAGCCUGUACUCUGAUAGAAAAGCAGUUUGGUAUGAUGAAUGCAACGACAAACCUCCAACUUUCUACACGUAUGCGGCGGUGGUUAAGCUUGCCACGGAACUAACAGCUUUCCUUCAAAAGCACUGUGAUCAGCAGGGAAAAUGUGAAAUAGGCCUUUACUGCUAUCCAGGAAUAAACUUACCAUCUUGGAUCUUGGGAAUCCUUCAAGUUCCAGCUGCCUACUCGCCUAUCGAUCCAGAUGCACCGCCAAUGUUAUCUGCUUACUUCAUGAAGAAAAGCAAUCUUCAAUAUAUUCUUGUUGAGAAUGAUAAAAUAAAUAAAUUCCAGAUGUCCCAUGUUGGUUGGUUUUACCACAGUUCUUCCACAAUAGAACAUAUUGGUUUAACUCUCUUCCAAGUGAGCUUGAGCAAUGCUGAUUUAAAUUCACAAGUAGAUGAUGUGAAAAGUAAAUAUGAACCUUUCAAAGCUGUGGGUAUCUCGCAGCCGGGAUAUACUGUUUGCCCAGAUCAAACCAAAGUGAAAACAUCAGAAGGAAGAUACAUGGAUGUUGGCCAGAAAUACUCUUUAGCAUACGUCUUGCAUACAUCAGGAACUACAGGGAUCCCCAAAAUAGUCAGAGUGCCUCAUAAAUGUAUAGUGCCAAAUAUUCAGCAUCUUAAAACCAUAUUUGAGAUCACAGAGGAUGAUGUGGUAUUCCUGGCUUCUCCUCUAACAUUUGACCCAUCUGUGGUUGAAUUGUUCAUUGCUCUGACAAGUGGAGCCUCUAUCCUUGUAGUACCGAACGCUAUUAAAAUGAUGCCUGCGGAGCUGUCUGCUGCUCUGUUUCACCAUCACCAUGUGACAGUGUUGCAGGCAACACCAACACUUCUCAGAAGGUUUGGAGCUCACAUUAUUAAAUCAACAGUGUUGUCUGCAAAUACUUCGCUUCGCGUCUUAGCCCUCGGUGGUGAAGCAUUUCCCGCACUGAAGCUCUUGAAAAGUUGGAAGCACAAGGAGAACAAAACAAUUAUUUUUAAUCUGUAUGGUAUUACUGAAGUGUCAAGCUGGGCCACUUGCUACAAGAUUCCUGAAGAGGUUUUUGGCGCUGAUUUUAGAACUGAUUUCCCUAUACCUUUGGGAUCACCGCUCCUGGGAACAAAAGUUGAGGUCAGAGAUACCAACGGUUUUGCAGUUCUAGAAGGCGAGGGACAAAUAUUUAUAGGUGGUGAAGAACGAAUCUGCUUUCUUGAUGAUGAAAUGACAGUACCCCUGGACACAAUGAGAGAAACAGGGGAUUUUGUAAGAGUGCAGAAUGCAAAGUUGUUCUUCUUGGGUCGGAAGGACAAUCAGAUUAAACGUCACGGCAAACGUUUUAACAUUGAAUGUUUGCAGCAGGCUGCUGAAGAUCUGUGUCAGGUAGUGGAAAAAAUAAUCCUGUUUGUUGUACCCAAAGAUGAUUUGGAAGAGGGAGAAACACUUAAAGAACUUCAGAAAUGUCUACCAGCUCAUGCAGUCCCUGAUGAGCUUGUAGUGAUUAAAGCUUUGCCUUUAACAUCACAUGGCAAAGUUGAUAUAUCUGAACUGAACAAGAUUUACCAGAACCAUCUAAACUCCAGAAGGCGUGACAGUAAGCUGAGUGACGCAGAGGAAUUGUGGGAAAGAUUGCAGUAUUUAUGGAAGUCUGUUCUGGGUCUUCUAGGUGAUUCCACUGGAAUUUCUAAAGAUGCAGUAUUUCUGUACAGUGGUGGAGAUUCCUUAAAGGCUGUACGAUUUUAUGAUGAAAUUGAGAUACUAGUAGGCAAAGCUGUGCCUGGACUCCUUGAAGUUAUUCUCAGCCGCUCAAUUGAAGAGGUUUAUAGACAUAUUCUUAAAAUUCUGUUUCCAGAUGAAGACCAAUUAAUGAAUUAUGAUAAUGCUGUGAAAAGAAAAUUAAGUGGGAACAGUGGAGAAGAACUCCAUGGAAAAUAUAUUAAACUGAAAUCUGAAAGAGGUCUCAAGGUUGCUUCAGGGUUAAUUUCAUUUAUUGUGCUAAGCAGAGGAAAUCAUGUUUUUUCUAUGAAUUUCACCGAGUCUUUUAUGCAGCCCAGUAAUACCGUACAGGCAGGAGUGGAACAGCUACAGCAACCAUCCUUUCUGCAUUUAGUGACUCCAAGUAUAAUGAAAAGCCAUGCUCAAGGGUAUGAAAUGGAAAACAGAAUUUUAACAAUUACGAACAAGGCAAAUAAAACUGACUGUUGCUCUGUACAGCAAAUCCAUGCAGAAUGUAGUGAUGUAACAACGUCACAGUUGGCAUUACGCAUAAGAUGGAAGUCAAAUACAAGAAAAUGUGUUGAUGCAUCACCACUGGUUCUAAUACCAUCUGAUGAAGAAGUGUCUGCAUGUGUAUAUGUUGGUUCUCACUCUCAUGCAAUGCAGGCGAUUGAUCUAGAUUCAGGAGGAAUAAAAUGGGAGAAGAACCUUGGAGAUCGUAUUGAAUCUUCUGCCUGCAUAUCUAAGUGUGGAAAUUUCAUUGUUGUUGGUUGUUAUGAUGGGUUAGUGUAUGUGCUUCAAAGCAGUGAUGGAGAAGUACACUGGACUUUUGUCACAGAAGAUACCGUGAAAAGCUCUGCAGUUGUAGACCCUUCCAGUGGACUAGUCUACAUAGGAUCGCAUGACCAACAUGUGUAUGCUUUGGAUAUUUAUAAAAAGGCUUGUAUAUGGAAGUUGCAUUGUGAAGGUGGAGCUGUGUUUUCAUCUCCUUGUCUAAGUUCUUUCCCACAUCAUCUUUAUGUUGCUACUCUAGGAGGACUAUUAUUGGCUGUAAACCCAGUAACAGGGAAUAAGAUUUGGAAAAGCUUCCUGGGAAAGCCGCUCUUCUCCUCUCCUCACUGCAAUGAGAAGUACAUUUGUGUUGGGUGUGUGGAUGGAAACUUAUAUUGUUACUCUCACUCUGGAGAAAAGGUUUGGCAGUUUUCCACUAACGGACCGGUGUUUUCAUCUCCAUGCAUCUCAAGUUUAACGAAGCAAGAAAUAUUUUUUGGCUCCCAUGAUUGCUUUAUCUACUGUUGUAAUAUGGAGGGUAAUUUACUGUGGAAAUUUGAAGCCACUUCAAGUGUAUAUGGAACACCAUUCGUUUUCCAGUGUGAGGACUUAAAGAACAAAAUUCUUUUGGCAGCAGUAUCUACAGAUGGCAGAGUGUGGAUCCUGAAUGCCAAGAGUGGAACAGCAGAAGGAGUAGAUAAGCUUCCAGGAGAGGUUUUCUCUUCCCCUGUUGUAUGGGGAACAAAGCUUGUUGUGGGCUGUAGAAAUGAUUAUGUUUAUUGCCUAGAUUUGUAUAUAACAGGAAAAAAAGAACAGUUAAGAUGUUAG